AAAAAUAACAGCUGUUCAUAAUUAUUUCUUGCCGUGUCUCGUUUCUUGUGCAUUUUUGUGACUAUUGUAAUCAUCUUGCAUUUUUAAUUUUUCAGAUAAGAUAUUUAAUUUACAUAAAUUAUUACAAUUUCAAGACCCUAUUUCCAUUAACAGGUGAACAAUGAGUUCUGGUUUUAUAUCAGAGUCUGAAAUUGCGGAGAAAAGAAAAUGUCGCCAGGAGGAAUGGGAAAAAGUGAGGAAACCUGAUCAACCACUGGAGGCACCUGAAGAAGAAUACGACCAUCGCUCGCUGUUUGAUCGACUGCAAGAGCAGAAACAGAAACGAGAUUUCGAAUAUGAAGAGGCUCACAGAUUGAAGAACAUGAUCAAAGGCCUUGAUGACGACGAGGUGGAAUUCCUGGAGCUGGUCGAUCGUAGCAAACUGGAGGAGGAACGCAAGCAGAGGGGGGAGGAGCAGCGUGAGUUGGCCUCCUUUCGCAGUGCGCGCGCAACUCUCUCCCUCCACACCCCCGCCACCAUCCUCAACAUCCCCAAGCCCCCCACCCCGGCCAACAACCGCAACAGUAGUUACACUUCGCAGACGAAACUGUUGGCGGGUGCUGUGGUUAAGAAGAGACCGACAACAGCUGACGAACAAAAGUCAUCAUCGCCACCAUCACCACAUCAGUCUCAUCCCCUCCACCCACCAAGAAAGCCAAAACUGAUGACACUGAUAAAUCAGCUGACGUGAGCCAGAACCCGCCGGUUGACUCUACUCGCGCAGAUGCCGUAAGCCAGAACCCUCCGCUUGACACUACUCGCGCUCCCACGGCUACCGGCCUGCGCUGCAUAGGCAUUCUACCAGGCAUCUCGUACAGCGAGUCGAGUAGUGACAGCGCCAGUUCUGACACGGACGACGAAGCGUGCGAAGACAGCGGCUGUCAGUCGGGCCACCAACACGUCGACAUGAUCGGUCGCAAGCUGUUCUUGAAGCAGAAGGUCGUCUCCGAGUCAGAGUGAUGUGCUAACAAAUAGAGUGUGAUGGAGCAAAUCUUGCCAGCACGGCAUCCGACUGGUGAUUUAACAUCUCAGUCCUAUAAAAAAUGAAUAAUUUAUUUUGCUUUAAAAUAAAAGAUCCAAACAUGCCAGUACAGAAUUCCGUUCUGUAGAACUUUUUCAGUUCUGAAUUCAGCAUUUGGGAGCCCGUUUUAACGGAGACUCAACGAAAAAGUAUAAGAAAUGGAUGAAUAUAAAGAUGAGGUUUGGCUAAUCCCUGUUUCUCCACAUUCUUUCCAACCACUUGUUCCGGACGCUUUAAGAAAGGCCUUCGGAUUUAAAAAGGCCUUUGAGAAAGGCUUACGGUUGCGUGUAAAGCCGUCUGGCUUCAAUCGACCAAACUGAACUUUUUACUUUGUUGAAGUCUGAACACUGUGUUCCCCGUAAAUAUUAAAAAAAACUUUUUGAUGAGGAAUGCAUUAUUCACUCCUAAGGAGGAGCUUCGCCAGCCUCUCAGCUCUAUCAUAUUAUAUUUUAAGGUUUAUUAAAAUAAAAGUGAGAUGAGAUAUGGACAAUGACUUUAUCCUGUAUCCCAUCAGCUUCGUCCACGAAUCUAGGGAUUACACCAGUGUGCGUGUUUUCUUCCCAAACCCAAAUUGUUUGCAAAAAAAUUUCACUCAAGAUGGUGAAUGGUUUUCCUGAUCCUGACUGUCCAUAAGCCAACAAACUUCAGCUGUAUCCAGACCAGAUGAAUUUAUUUUCAAAUCAACGCAGUAAGAAGUAGCGCAGACUUCUUAAAAGUUUUGGAAACUUCAGAAGUUUAAAAGUCCUAAAAAAUAUUUAUAAAUCUUACCCGGGUUGACUGUAGUGUGGUCAUUUGAAGUAAUUGUAACAUUAGAUAAACCGGUUUUUGUUAUGCUUUGCUUUAUGGUUUCAAAGCUGCUAUAGUGUUAACAUAUUAUUAUAAUUUAGCAAUGAAGUUCAUCGAUAUAAACACUAUGCUUUGCCUGAUUCAUCACAAUGUAUAUGUACAGUAGAUUUAAGUUCAAUGUAAUGGAUUGUUCUGAAUGGUGAAGUGAGAAAUUGUAAAAAAAUAUAAACAGUUUUGUCGUUGAA